AUGCCUUCCGCUUUCAAUUUCCAGUCAGAGACAUCUGCUGUUCUGGGUGAUCAAGAUCAUUCUCUUGUAACCUUGGAGCAUUAUGGCCUGCAGCCACUCUCUGCAAAACAAAAGCUUACGCCUUUGGACAUGAAUAUGCCCAGGCUGUAUGGAAUCCGCUUGAUUCUUUGCUUUGCGACAAAACCUGGCGUGGAAAAGCAGCAGAUAUAUGAGAACUUAAAGAAGGGCUUAGCUCACACUGUCACUUCAAUUCCUUGGAUAUCGGGACUUAUUGGUCCAGAAGAAGCACAAGAUCCCAAGGCCCGAAAGGUGCAGAUUCUCGACUCGCCAGGUGGAUUCAGGUUCCCGUACAAGGAUCUUACCGAUACACUGCCAUCUUAUGCAGAAUUGCGCGAGAGAAACUUUCCCUUGGCAGAGUUCACUACAGCCCAGGUCGGCCCGAUUGAUGUCAUGCCACAGGGACCAGACCAGCCUGUCUUUGCAGCUCAAGCUAACUUUGUCGAAGCUGGCCUUCUGCUAACGGUAGGAGUUCAUCACUCUGCAUGUGACGCAUCGGCCUUGGACGCUAUCCUGAGCACAUGGUCACACAAUACUGCCGUAGCUAGCGGUGGUUCUGGGUCCUUUUCCACGCUUGAUGUGCCAUCUAACGACCGCAGCCCCUUGAUGGAAGGCGAUCUCGACAACGUCGACGUGGCUGCUUUUCCUGAGUACGUUCUGAUGCCUACUCCUCACUCUACGGAGGGUGAUCUGUCAAGCAUGUCUGGAUUCCAGCUGCCUCCCCUCUCGAGUCACCUUUUCCACUUCUCGUCAGAGUCUCUUACGAGGCUCAAAGAAGAGGCAGGGGCAUUCUCAUCUCAUGAUGCUCUCUGUGCUUUCACAUGGCAGCGCAUGACCUUGGCACGAAUGCAUUCCGGAGUGUUUAGUGAUCCCCUUGGAAGGGACUCAACAUCGCGCUUCUGCUUUGCUGUGAAUGUUCGCAGUCGAAUGAGCCCUCCGCUGCCACCUUCUUAUAUGGGCAAUGCUUCCAUGGGCUGCGUUACUGAGAAAAUCAACCCUACCGACUUCAAGCUGUCAUUCAAUGGUUUCUUAGGACCAGACGUUGUUGAGUCUUCAUGGGCAGACCUUGGCGUUUAUGGGCACCAAUGGGGCAAUGCUGUUGGCACACUGGACGCAGUUCGUACACCAGGUGAAGGCUCAGACGGUACUAUGAUGAUAUUGCCCAGAUUGAAGGAUGGCGGUUUGGAUGUUGUUGUUGGGUUGUCGACAGCAGCAAUGGAGAAGCUCCUCAAGGAUGAAGAAUUCGCUUCAUUUGCAGACUUUUAA